GGAAGUGAGGAGGGUUCUCAAACACCACAGUGUUGCUUAAAAAAAAUCCAAGCUCUAAGGGAGAGAGACGACAGGCACGCACAGGUGCUGGUGAAAGAGAGAGAGAGAGAGAGAGAAAGAGAGAGAGAGAGAGGCAGGGGGAGUGAGGGGAGGCGUAGGAGGAGACUGACUUGCUUCAGAGGGGAAUAGGAGCCGGAGAGCAAUUCCAAAACAGCUGUCCGGCAGACGUCCCAAUCGACAGAAGUGCAAGCCCCGGGGCUGAGACAGGAGGCAGGGCAGUGUCAACAAGCCACAGGAGCAGCGCAGCAACCACUGAGCACACACAAUUACACAGACACACACAGACACAUCAGUCCGGAGGCUGCAGCAUUCAAGAGGACGCCAGUGGCUCCCUGGGAAGAAUCCAGAUCUCUCCCAUCCGAGGAAAAGUGCCCAUUUGACCUUUCUCGAUCACCGGACAUCAGCGGCCCCGCUCGGAAAGCCUUUUCCGGAUCAAUGCUGCGAUUAUUUUUGGAGUCCUCCAUGAGUUGCAUGUCUCUGAGAAUGUAAUUUGAGCUCCUCCCCUGGGGCACUGUAACAUUCACAUCUGACAAAGCAUUUCCAACUGUUUCACCCCAAAUAACAGAUCUCCUCCGCAAAAAGCCGCCAUGCCAGCCAAAGCACCCAUAUAUCUGAAACCCAACAACAGCAAGAAAGGAAAAAAAUGUCGCCUGAGGGAUAUGUUGUCCCCUGAUAUGAUCAGUCCGCCACUGGGAGACUUUCGCCACACCAUCCACAUUGGGAGGGGCGGCGAGAGAGAUGCGUUUGGUGAUAUGUCCUUCCUUCAGGGGAAGUAUGAGCUCCUGCCAGGAAAAGUGGAUGUUCAUCCUCAGUAUGCCCUGCGAGCUAACAGUACAGGCGACGCUUCCUUCUCUGAAACUCCUUCUCCAGUACUCAAGAACGCAAUCUCCCUCCCGACUAUCGGUGGUUGCCAGGCCCUGACCCUUCCAUUACUCUCUACCUCUGUGUUCCCCAUGCCACCGGAGCCACUGGAGGACAUCAUGGGACCCGCAACUGUUAUAAAGCCUGACAGCACAGAGGAGGUAGAGAUCCUGCAGAUGGAUGCCCUGCUGCGCACCAUAGACGUCUUCAGCAGCGAGCCCGCGUCUCCCUCUCUUGCAGAUAUACAGUCAAAACCAGACGUCCUCCUGGACUUGCUGGAAAGCACAGACAAGCCCAACUCCAAGGCGCUGAAAGCCGUGGCCAAAGCCAACAAAUUAAACAAGAGCGAAAGCAGAUUUGACAAGCCAUCCUCCUAUUACAUCAAUGGCCACAGCAAAAGCACCUAUAAAGCAAACGGAAGCCUGAACAGCACCACGAGCAGUGACAGCUUCGACAGCUUUAAAGGGGACUUCCAGGGGAAGAUCUGCAACGGCAGCGGGAGCCUCAAUGGCAACUCUAAUUGCAACGGAUAUGGACACUUUAACAACGAUAUUUCCCUGGGCUUCAAGCAGGAGCUUUCCAAGUGCAAUGGAGAGUGGGUGGACAGAGACAGCGGCGUGGAGGAGGGCCGCAUCUGUGAUUUUGAAUUUGAGUUUUCCAAAGAAAAGAGCACGUCGCACGAUUCCCUUGCCCAGAUCACAGGGUCUUUCCUCUCUCUCGAACUCGAUCUUGGCCCAUCCAUCUUGGAUGACGUGCUCAACAUAAUGGAUAAACCCGCAGCGAAGAGCAGGCCUUGAGCUGCAUCGGGGGCCCCCAGAGGAGAAAGGGAAUUAUUAUAAUAUGGCCAUAAGAGGAGAGAAAGACUCCCAAAGCAAUCAAAAUGGUGUCUGGAUAUAUCAUUGAGAUGAAAAUCAGCUGCGAUAGAGAAAGCUGCUUAUGUUUUUAUUGUCAAAACAUUUAACUAUAUUAGCUUCUAUGGAGUGUUCAUUCUUCUUUCACUUCUUUCGUUUGUUUGCCAUGCCAGCAGCUUGUUUAAGAUGCACGUGCGUUUGAGUUAAAGCUAAAACACAGCCAUUGUGCCUUUGAGUUUCAAUUACUGUCAGAAUGCUUCAUGAUAGAUGGGUGUUCUUAUGUUCAAUUCCUCCAGUAUAAACAAGAUAACUGAGGCUCUGCUUUAGUUGGAUUUUUUUUUUUUUUACAUUCUUCAUCCUCAGACUGUUUCAUUUUACGAGUUUAAGCGUGUUUAUCAAAGCACUGUUGUCACAAUUCACUUGCCACAUUUCAAACAAGAGAACACUAUGCAUAUUUAAGUUUUUGAAUGUAACACAAAUAAAUGCAUUUGUUUUUUCCUA